CAUAUAAGAUCAUCCCGACCCUUCAAAUUUUGCCACUAAAUAUAACUAAGUCCAUCCCACUACUGCUAAGUGCUAAGAGGUUUGGGGCCUUGUUUGGGGUUGGCAUAUCUGAAGCAAUUGUCCUUCAUGGCUAGCAUGGUGGCGGUGCAGGCUAAGCAGCCUUCUUUCUCUGUUCUCCCAUCAUCUCUUUCAGACUUCAAUGGCAUCAGAUUGACCACCUCAGUUCAGUACAAAAGGAAGGUAUUGCAUCCAAGAGGAGCACUACACGUCUCAGCAUCAGCUGCCAAAAAAAUUCUUAUCAUGGGAGGAACCCGAUUUAUUGGUAUCUUUUUGUCCAGAUUUCUAGUGAAAGAAGGGCAUCAGGUAACUCUGUUCACCAGAGGAAAGGCACCUAUCGCUCAGCAAUUGCCUGGAGAAUCAGACACAGAUUUUGCUGAUUUUUCCUCCAAGAUAUUGCACUUAAAGGGAGACCGAAAAGAUUUUGAAUUUGUGAAGAGCAGUCUUGCAGCUGAAGGUUUUGAUGUUGUAUAUGAUAUAAAUGGUCGUGAAGCAGCUGAAGCAGAACCUAUAUUAGACGCAUUACCUAACCUGGAACAGUACAUCUACUGCUCAUCAGCUGGCGUUUACCUCAAAUCUGAUUAUCUGCCACAUUUUGAGAUUGAUGCAGUUGAUCCAAAAAGUAGGCACAAGGGAAAACUUGAGACUGAGAGCUUUCUGGAAGCACGAGGUGUUAAUUGGACUUCUCUGAGGCCAGUCUACAUCUAUGGGCCAUUAAACUACAAUCCUGUUGAAGAGUGGUUCUUCCACAGGCUGAAAGCAGGUCGUCCAAUCCCAAUUCCCAACUCAGGAAUGCAAGUAACCCAACUUGGUCAUGUAAAGGAUCUUGCUACUGCUUUCGUUAAGGUUCUUGGUAAUGAAAAAGCAAGCAAGGAAGUAUUCAACAUAUCUGGCGAAAAGUACGUUACCUUUGAUGGAUUAGCUAAAGCAUGCGCAAAGGCUGCUGGAUUCCCCGAGCCUGAGAUUAUUCAUUUCAACCCCAAGGAGUUUGAUUUUGGCAAAAAGAAACCAUUUCCCUUCCGUGAUCAGCAUUUCUUUGCUUCCAUCGAAAAAGCGAAAAGUGUGCUGGGUUGGAAACCAGAAUUUGACCUGGUGGAAGGUCUUGCAGACUCUUACAACCUGGACUUUGGUAGGGGAACGUAUAGAAAAGAGGCUGAUUUCUCAACAGAUGACAUUAUCCUUGGCAAGAGCCUUGUCCUCGCCUAAGUUACAAUAUGUUUCCCUCUUCAUUUGUUUUACCUUUUCCUUUUCCUCUCUUAGCUGAAUUUUAUUGAGUAAUAGAAAGUUAAAGGUUUUUUAUGUUCUUGACAAAAAUAUGGAAACAUUUUUUUUUUUAGUUAAUCGACAAUAUCUACACUAUCCAAUCCUAUAGGUGACGGAAACAUUUACUUAUUUAGCAUUA